CUGUUGCAAAGGGGAGAAGGAGGCAGCGAGAAUGGGGCAAGGCCAGAGCGGAUUGCCGCGCCAGACGCGCGAUGAAGCCGCGAAGAAGAAGGAAGAUGCUGCUAAGCAGAAGAAGAAAAAGUUUGAGCCUCGUGGUGGUGCCAUGACGCGUAAGCGUCGCAAGAAAAAAGGCCCGUCCGCCGCCGUGCGUAUCCCGACCGUAUACCCGACGGCCAAAUGCAAGUUGCGUCUGCUAAAGAUGGAACGUAUCAAGGAUUUUCUGCUAAUGGAGCAGGAGUUUAUCCAGAAUCAGGAAGUGAUGAAGCCCAAGCAGGAGAAGGACGAGGAGGAGCGCUCGAAGGUGGACGAUCUGCGUGGCACUCCCAUGGGCGUCGGCACCCUCGAGGAGAUGAUCGAUGACAAUCACGCCAUUGUUUCGUCCUCUGUGGGUCCAGAGUACUACGUGGGUGUCAUGUCCUUCGUGAACCAAGAUAUGCUCGAGCCUGGCUGCUCUGUGUUGCUCCACAAUAAGGUCAUGUCGGUUGUAGGUAUCCUGGCGGACGAUACGGACCCGAUGGUGAGCGUCAUGAAGGUAGACAAGGCUCCACUCGAGUCGUACGCAGAUAUUGGUGGAUUAGAGAGUCAGAUCCAGGAGAUCAAGGAGGCUGUGGAGCUGCCAUUGACGCAUCCGGAACUCUACGAAGGCAUCGGUAUCCGUCCGCCCAAGGGCGUUAUUCUGUAUGGUGAGCCUGGUACGGGCAAGACUUUGCUGGCCAAGGCUGUAGCCAAUCAGACAUCGGCUACGUUCCUGCGUAUUGUCGGCUCCGAGCUCAUCCAGAAGUACCUGGGUGACGGUCCGAAACUGGUGCGCGAGAUGUUCCGUGUGGCAGACGAUCACGCGCCGUCUAUUGUGUUCAUUGAUGAGAUUGACGCUGUGGGUAGCAAACGUUACGACUCGAGUAGUGGCGGUACGCGUGAGAUCCAGCGUACAAUGCUUGAGUUGCUGAACCAGUUGGAUGGUUUCGAUGAGCGUGGCGACGUGAAGGUUAUUAUGGCAACGAACGCCAUCGAGAGCCUCGAUCCUGCGCUUAUUCGACCUGGACGUAUCGACAGAAAGAUUGAGUUCCCGUUGCCAGAUAUCAAGACCAAGCGUCGUAUCUUCGGUAUUCACACAGGUCGCAUGAGUUUGGGUGAUGACGUGGAUCUGGAGGAGUUCGUCAUGUCCAAGGACGAGCUCUCUGGAGCUGACAUCAAGGCUGUUUGCACGGAAGCGGGUCUGCUCGCUCUGCGUGAACGUCGUAUGCGUGUGACGCAGUCGGACUUCCGAAAGGCGAAGGAGAAAGCGCUAUACAAGAAGAAGGCCAACAUUCCCGAAGGACUCUAUCUAUAAUCGCAUAGAGAGACGGCAAACCUCUUUGACUAGGGUCUACAUUGAAAUUUCACAUUGGCAAUAGUCGAUUUGAUCUUAUGGUGUGUCCAUUCUUGACACUUAACACGUAACUUUUUACUGCUACA